GAGCAUUUCUGGAAUCGAGCAGAAACUUCAGGUUUUCAGUAAAAGCUGGUCAGGCUUGGAUGUAAGCUUAAAAAAUGACCGCAUUUCAACAACUGCGCAGUGGACAAGGCCGUGUGCUCUUCAAGGACGUCAUGUUGCAAGUUCAAACCACGUAAUUCUCCGACCGCCCCCCCCCCGGACCCGGUUUAAUUAGGGAUUGUCUCCACCUGGUUCGGGCUCGGUAAUUGGCAGUGGGGUUCGUAUAAAUACGCUGCAGGUUGCUGAUCUGAUCUCAUAGUUUUUCUUCGAGUUUUUUUCUUUGAAGAAGGGCUUGGGGGGCGUUUGUAUAUUUGUAUUGUUUAUUUUUUUUGCUCUUCUGAUCAGCUAGCUGCUGAAAUGCGCGUUUCUAAUGGGUUGCUGUGCUGCUUUGUGCAGUUGCUGUGGCUGGUGACCGAUGGCAAGAACACUGACUCCCAUCUUUUGGUGGAAAAGUUGCUGAAAAAAUCCCAGAGGGAUGUUGUGCAGCUUGGCACCUCUCCCUCUGCGGCUACCCAAGUCUCUGCAGCCGCCAAAGAGACCACAUCUGCCUCCAGCACUCCGGUCUCCGCCUCCAGCCAAGCAAACUUGUCUACUGGUACUUCAGGACAUGACCAUACCACCCUCCAAUCCAAUGAGGUCACCCAGUCUCUGCCGCCCACCCCUUCACCUCGACCUGCCUCUCUGUUCUGUAACUUUGAGCUUGACCUGUGUGGCUGGGAGAACUGCCGCAGCGGGGACUUCAACUGGCUGUUAAGGAGGGAGAGGCCGACUGAGUUUGAGACCCACACUCUGCCUGAUGGCCAUGCCAGCUGCCGCAACUUUGCAGGGCAGUACCUGUACAUGGAGGCAGUGUUUUGCAGGGAGAGUGGUCAGACUGCAGUCCUCAUCAGCCCAGUCUUCAAGGGACCCAAGUGCCUGUCCUUCUGGUACAGUCUGAUCGGAGAUGGUGUGGAAGCUGUCACUGUAUAUGUGGCGUAUGUGAGCUCUCCAGACAGCUGGCACAAGCUGUGGUCUGCUAGAGGUGCCAUGCCCAGGAAGUGGUCAUUUCAGCAACUGGAUCUGUCUGUCAAACCCGAGGAGGAGUUCCAGAUUCUGCUGGAGGGAACCAUCAGCAACAACUACUGCGGUGACGCUGCAAUAGAUGACUUAUCGGUCUCUGAGAACCGCUGCACGUCAUUCAAGAGGCUCCACAAGCACAGGCGCCGCGAGCUGCCAGCUACCCCAGCACCUGAAGGGAGUCCCUCUGUCUCCGCUGCCCCAGUGCUGCCCCCUCCAGAGGUGCUGGAGACGCUGUUCUGUGACUUUGAGAAGGGGCUGUGCGGCUGGUCCCAGUGUACCAGUGAUGACUUUGACUGGGAGCUUCACCAAGAGAGACUGCCGCCCCUGCUCAGUGCCACGCAGCCAGACUCCCAGGGGAAGUGCCGCAACUUUGAAGGGCAGUACCUGUACAUGGAGGCAGCGUUUCCCAGGGAGAGUGGUCAGACUGCAGUCCUCGUCAGUCCAGCCUUCAAGGGACCCAAGUGCCUGUCCUUCUGGUACAGUCUGUUUGGGGAUGGUGUGGGUUCUCUCAGUGUGUACAUGCAGUAUGUGAGCACAGCUGGCAUCUGGCACAAGCUCUGGUCAGUCGGUGGGAACAAGAGCAGGAAGUGGCACCUGGCUGACCUGGAACUGUUUGUGGAUCCCAACGAGACGUUCCAGAUCAUUCUGGAGGGGACUAUUGGAAACAAUCCCUGUGGGGAUGUAGGUGUUGAUGACGUGUUUGUGACGGGACACCAUUGUGGCAAAGGAGAACAACGCGCCCCCUGCUGGAAAGACUAAAAUGUUUAACUUAAAUAAAAUCAAGUUUUAAACUAC